AUGGUGUUGAUCGACAAGCACGAGAUCCUCACCGAGGAGGAGAAGCGUCUCAAGGAGGAUCGCGAUCGCACCAAGUAUUGGAAGCGAUGGGGUCCCUAUGUGGCUGAGCGGCAAUGGGCUACCGUGCGGGAGGACUACUCCGAGGACGGUGAUGCAUGGAGCUACUUUACUCACGAUCAUGCGCGGUCGCGAACAUUUCGCUGGGGUGAAGACGGAAUUGCCGGUGUUUCCGAUACUCACGGCCUGCAGAACAUUGCAUUUUCCUUCUGGAACGAGAAAGAUGAAUUUCUAAAAGAGCGCCUAUUCGGUCUAUCCAAUCCGCAGGGUAACCAUGGUGAGAGUGUCAAAGAGGCCCAUUUCCACGUGGAUAAUACCCCGACGCACUCCUACAUGAAGUUCCUGUACAAAUACCCCCAGAGAGAAUUCCCCUAUCAGCAGUUGGUGGAUGAGAAUGCCAAGCGGUCGCGCCAGGAGCGUGAAUAUCAAAUCCUCGAUACAGAUGCCUUUGCCGAUAACCGUUACUGGGAUAUCUUCAUCGAAACCGCCAAGGAAGGUGACGAUGAGGAGGAGCUGAUCUUCCGAGUCAUUGCAUACAACCGCGGCCCUGAGCCUGCUCACCUGCACAUCGUCCCGCAGGUGUGGUUCCGUAACACUUGGUCCUGGGGAUUCGAGAACGAGGGUGAGAAGCCAUCCAUCAAGCACGAAGGACCGCGUAUCGCCAAGUCGAACCAUGAGAAGUUGGGAGAGCGCUAUGCCUGCUUUGCCCCAUCGCCCCCGGUGGGAUCGAGCGAUGAGGAUAUCCAGCCUCAAUUGUUGUUCACGGAGAACGAGAGCAACAAUAAGAAGCUGUGGGACACCGAGAACGAUCAGCCCUACGUGAAGGAUGCUUUCCACCGCCACAUCGUUGAUAAAGAAAAGGGCGCCAUCAACCCGGCUAAUGAAGGAACCAAGCUCGCUGCAUGGUAUGCCUUUGACGAAGGCGAGGGAGUCCCUCCUGGCGAAUGCGCAGUCGUGCGAUUCCGCUUCUCCCGCAAGAAGGAGGAGUUCGUGGACGAGGAAGUCGUCGACGAUGUCAUCGAGCAACGCCGCGCUGAAGCAGACGACUUCUACUACCGCAUCAACCCACUCCCCAUGAGCGAGGAUCUACGCAACAUCCAGCGUCAAGCCUUCUCCGGAAUGAUGUGGUGCAAGCAGUACUAUAACUUCAUCUACGACCAAUGGGCCAACGGCGACCCUGCCGAGAUUGCCCCUCCCGCUGGCCGUAAAGGCAUUCGCAAUGAACAAUGGCGCCAUCUCCACAUCGACGAUAUCCUGUCCAUGCCAGAUUCAUGGGAAUAUCCCUUCUUCGCAGCAUGGGACACUGCCUUCCACUGUAUCCCUCUCGCCAUGAUCGAUCCAGACUUCGCAAAGAAGCAACUCGACCUCAUGACCCGAGAAUGGUACAUGCAUCCAAACGGCCAACUGCCCGCCUACGAAUGGAAUUUCGGUGACGUCAACCCACCCGUGCAUGCGUGGGCCGUCUUCCGCACCUUCAAGAUCGAGCGUAAGAUGUACGGUCGGCAGGAUCUAGAUUUCCUUGAGCGAGUCUUCCAGAAGCUGCUUCUGAACUUCACCUGGUGGGUGAACCGCAAGGACUCGGAUGGCAAGAAUGUCUUCGAGGGAGGAUUCCUCGGUCUCGAUAAUAUUGGUCUGUUCAACCGUUCCGAGCCUCUCCCAACCGGAGGUGUGCUCGAGCAGGCGGAUAGCACAGGCUGGAUGGCCUUUUACUGUCUGUGCAUGCUGAACAUUGCCCUGGAGCUGGCCAAGCACCGUCGAAUCUACGAGGACAUUGCAUCCAAGUUCUUCGAGCACUUCAUUCUCAUCAGCGAUGCAAUGACUUACCGCUCUGGAGAGGAUAACAUCAAGUCGCUGUGGAACGAGGACGACCACUUCUACUACGAUGCCAUCUCAUACGGUGGUCCCUGGACCCAGCAGCUGCCAGUCCGAUCGCUGAAGCGUCUGGACUGGUUCAUCGAGAACCGAUCCGACGUAGCCGAGCGCAAUAUCGCCAGCAUGAAGCGCCGCGGCAAAGACGACCGUCUCCUACUCUCACUCGUGAGCAAAGACCGUCUGGAGAAGAUCCUCAAGCGCAUGCUCGACGAGACGGAAUUCCUAUCCGAGCACGGCAUCCGAUCGAUGUCAAAGUUCCACGAAGAGAACCCCUACUCAAUGGACGUCAACGGCCAAACAUUCAAAGUCGGCUACGUCCCCGGCGACUCAGACAGCUCUCUAUUCGGCGGCAACAGUAACUGGCGCGGACCGAUCUGGCUCUGCGUCAACUUCCUGCUCGUCGAGUCGCUGCUGCGGUACUAUAUGUUCUACGGCGACUCGUUCCAGAUCGAGUGUCCCACCGGAUCAGGCGAGUACAUGCACCUAGGCGGCGUUGCGGAGGAACUCCAGCACCGUAUGCAGCAUCUCUUCGCGCGCAAUGACGAGGGUCGCCGCGCCAUCAACGGAACAAACGACCUCCUCGAUUUCGACGAGAACUGGAAGGAUUACCUCUGGUUCCACGAGUUCUUCGACGGCGACACCGGCCGUGGUCUGGGCACAUCUCACCAAUGUGGUUGGACCGGCCUCAUUGCCAAAAUCAUCCAUGAUACAGGCCUGAACUGCCGUCUCCCCCAGACCCCACGCUCCCCCUUCGCUGCAGCAUCGCACUACUUCGACGACAUCUUCUCCCGCACCGGCCGCCCUCCCAGCUCCCGCCGUCCAUCUGUCCGCCGCUCCUCCACUAACCGCUCCAUCGGUAAUCGCAGUGACUUCAACUCAACCAUUGCCGGUGACCAGACCCCCGCAGCUCUGGAUGACGAGUUCACUAGUAGUCCCAUCAGCCGUCGGGGUAGCACUGCGUUCGGCGGAAGCCAGAACGGCGACGAGGAUGAAGAGGACGAGCAUGUGCACAAUUAUGUUGAGAGUCAGUUGCAGCGCGUGCGUAGCUCUGCUUCCAUGGCGGCUUAUGAAGACGAACUCGUUACCAAGGACGAUAAGCAGAAUGGGCAUUCUUGA